AAGCGCGAUGCCAUUGUAUAUAUUCACCAUUCAAACAUAACUCAUUGAGAGAAUGUGGCAGCAGUCUGGACGACAAGCACAUCUAUCAUGGUUACCCGCCUACGCUAAACAAACCCCUCCACCGCAUGCUGUUGAAGCUGAUGUUAAUAUCUACGUUAUUCGUGGUCGAGUUAAUGAUGAUGUGAUACCUGGAAAAUGGCCCAUAUAUCUUGGUAAAGGUUAUGUACCAUAUGGUGGAAAAGAAGUUGAAUUGGACAGUUUCGAAGUGUUGUGCAACACAAGUUUAAAGCCAACAGAACGCUUUUAUGAAUGGGUUUCAUAUACUGGAGGCAAUGUACCAAACAAUGCGUUACAUGCUGGUGAAACCCAAUCAUCCGAACCUUUAUACAUAGCUCGUAGAUUAGUGAAUAAUGAGAUGUGUGUUGGUAAAGUCCAUCCAUCACAUGGUUGCGCAUAUUUUCCAUGGGGUGGUGAGGAACAUUCGGAGAAGAGUUAUGAAGUACUGAGUUAUAUAGAUUGAUGAUAUGAACAGAUAAAAAAUUAUUAUAUUUCUAUAAUUUGACAAACGUCAGAACGCGUAUGGAAAGACAGAAAUGGAUUAUAACAGUUACCUCAAAUUAUGAACUCAUUGAUGUCAUAUUUGAUGUAUCAUACAAUCACAAUCCAAAUAUACUAUUUGUGUUUUA